AUGUUUCGGGCUCAGCAGAAUGCCUUUGACGAUGUCGUCGCCAAAGCAACAGACGAGAACCUGACUUCCGAGAACUGGGAAUACAUACUGGAUGUUUGCGAUCGAGUGUCCUCCAACGAGAGCAUGGCCAAAGAUGUUGUGGCCGCCAUGAUCAAGAGGUUGGCGCACCGCAACGCCAACGUCCAGCUAUACACGCUGGAGCUCGCCAACGCGCUGUCACAGAACUGCGGCAUCGCCAUACACAGGGAGCUUGCAUCCAAAAGCUUCACCGACCAGCUGCUGAGGCUGGCGAAUGACAGGAAUACACAUCAACAAGUCAAGUCAAAGAUCUUGGAACGAAUGGAGGGUUGGACGAAAGAAUACUCGAGCAACACCGAGCUUGGAAUCAUGGAACAAGCGUAUAUGAAACUGAAGGCGCAAAACCCAAAUCUACAGCCGCCUCAGGCGCCAGUGAAGAAACAGAUCACCGAAUACGACCGGCAGAAAGAAGAGGAAGAAUUACAACUGGCCCUCAGACUUUCUGUACAAGACAAGUCUACUGGUUCUUCAACCCAGCCAUCCGGUUCGGCUGCCGAGCUCGCAGCCCAACCCGCGUCAGGGUCGCAGCCAACACCCCAUCAGCCGGUCCCAUCGGGUACGACUGCAGCAACAGUCUCCAGAGUGCGUGCGCUAUUCGAUUUCCAGCCUUCCGAGCCGGGGGAGUUACAGUUCCGCAAGGGCGAUGUCAUUGCGGUCUUGGAGUCGGUCUACAAAGAUUGGUGGAAAGGGUCGCUGCGCGGACAGACGGGCAUCUUCCCCCUCAACUACGUCGAGAAGCUCCAAGAUCCGACUCCAGAAGAGUUGCAGAAAGAGGCGCAGAUGGAGGCGGAAGUCUUUGGACAGAUCAAGAACGUCGAGAAAUUGCUGGCUCUGUUAAGCACCAGUUCCGCCGACAUAAGUGUUAGGGACAAUGAGGAGAUCACCGAACUCUAUCAGAGUACGUUGUCGAUCAGACCGAAGCUGAUUGAAUUGAUCGGCAAAUACACGCAAAAGAAAGAUGAUUUCCAGCAAUUGAAUGAGAAGUUCAUCAAGGCGAGACGAGAUUAUGAAGCGCUGUUGGAAACGUCAAUGGCUCAGUCAGCACAGUAUGCUCGCCCCGGUCCAGCAGCAUACGGAUACGGAGGGGCGCCGCCACAAGGCUAUCCGCCCCAAAGAUACUUUACCCCUGGUGAGAUUUGA